GUAAACAAUGUCGAGUCAGUGAAAUUGAAUCGCUCUUUUCCACGAAUUAACACAAAAAUUUAGUGAUAAUGAGAAUUAGAAAUAUUAAGUUAUUAAGAAUAGUUGCCUGUGUGUGUAUUUUGCUGCCCAUCUUAUACAUAAUCCUCAAUUUGGGCGAUGGUCAAGGCAGUGCCCGAGACUUUGUCAGUUCUCGUUUGACGGGAGGUGCGAAUAAUAAGCCUCGAGAAGCUCCAAAAUUAGUAGAAGGUUUAGGAAAUUUCGAGCCGAACGACAUCCCGAAGAAAGAUGGUCCCGGCGAAUAUGGAAAGCCCUAUCACUUGCCGCCCGAGAAAGCGAACGAAGGAUCCGAGAGUGAGAUGGAGUACGGCAUGAAUAUCGCCGUUUCGGACGUCAUUUCGCUCGAUCGCGAGAUCAAAGAUACCCGUUUGGAGGAGUGUCGGCAUUGGGAUUACCCGAAAGACUUGCCAAAAACGAGUGUCGUCAUCGUUUUCCACAACGAAGGGUUCUCGGUGCUUAUGCGAACUGUGCAUUCUGUGAUAAAUCGCACGCCAGCGUAUUUGCUGCACGAAAUUCUGCUUGUCGAUGAUUUUUCGGAUAAGGCAAAUCUCAAAGGCAAGCUUGACAAGUACAUCGAACGAUUUAAUGGAAAAGUUAGGGUUGUGAGGAACAGAGAACGUGAGGGAUUGAUUCGAACGAGAUCGAGAGGAGCCAUUGAAGCGACCGGAGAAGUAAUUGUUUACUUGGAUGCCCAUUGUGAGGUCAAUACAAAUUGGCUUCCGCCGCUUUUGGCACCGAUUUACAGAGACCGAACAGUAAUGACAGUCCCAAUUAUCGACGGAAUUGAUCACAAAACCUUCGAAUAUCGUCCCGUUUAUGGCGAUCAUCAACAUUUCCGAGGCAUUUUCGAGUGGGGCAUGUUAUACAAAGAAAAUGAAGUUCCUCGUCGAGAACUUAAACGAAGACAACAUAAUUCCGAGCCAUAUCGCUCUCCAACGCACGCUGGAGGACUUUUUGCCAUCAAUCGCGAAUAUUUCCUCGAACUCGGGGCUUAUGACAAAGGUUUGUUGGUAUGGGGAGGCGAAAAUUUCGAACUAAGUUUCAAAAUUUGGCAAUGCGGAGGCAAAAUUGAAUGGGUUCCAUGCAGUAGAGUAGGUCACGUGUAUCGUGGUUUCAUGCCAUAUAACUUUGGAAAGCUCGCUAGCAAAAAGAAAGGACCGCUGAUCACAAUUAACUACAAACGUGUAAUCGAGACAUGGUUCGAUGAGCAAUAUAAAGAAUACUUUUAUACGAGAGAGCCAUUAGCGAAGUAUUUGGACAUGGGUGACAUUUCCGAGCAAUUAGCGUUGAAAGAGCGUCUAAAAUGCAAAAGUUUCCAAUGGUAUAUGGACAACGUUGCCUACGACGUUUUCGACAAAUUCCCUCAACUUCCGCCCAAUCUCGAAGUUGGUGAACUGAGAAAUGUCGCAUCCGACACUUGUCUCGACACUUUAGGACAUUCACCGCCUUCCCUGAUGGGUCUUUCGCACUGCCAUGGUUUCGGAAAUAACCAAUUGAUGCGUUUAAAUGCCGCCGGGCAACUUGCCGUUGGUGAACGAUGCGUCGAAGGCGACAGUCAAGGCAUAAAAUUGGCAGUUUGUCGUUUGGGAACUGUCGAUGGCCCCUGGCAUUUUGACGAAAAUGGCGCAUUAUUGCACAAAACGUACCGCAAAUGCAUGGCGGUCGAUCCCCAGACAAAAGCAAUUUCGUUGUUGCCAUGUGACUUUAACAACGCGUACAUGCAAUGGAAGUUUAAACCGAUCAAGCCUCGAUGGUAGCGAUUUUCAUGAAAAAUUUCUAAGAGAGACAUAUCAGUCUUCGAAAAUUUACUAAAUUACGUUCCAAAGGUCCGAAAAACAAGAAAAUUAAAUUAUAUGGCCUAUGUUAGGUGAAAACAUUCCAAUUGCUGAACUUCAACUUUCUAGCUCAAGUUACUUAAAACUAAACUGAACGAAAAUUUAAAUUGAAUUUUACAUUUCAAGCGGAUUUAAUAAGGAAAAAUGUUUCAUAUUUCAUUCAAAACUUUAAAAAAAUAAUUUUUCAGACAUAUUUCUACUAAAAAUUCAUUUAAAGCUAUUUUUUUGACAUUUCACGUUCCAAAUUUCGUAAAUGUCAAUUCAAAAAAUGACCGUUAAAAAAUUUGAAAAUCGCUUUUUUGCUAAUUCAAGUCUGUGAAACAUUUUUUCUUAUUGAUUUAGCUUCAACUACGCCACAAAAAGUAUUUAGACUGAAUUGUCAAUGAUGAAUAAACGCAAUAAUUAAUAUCUCGAUGGAACCAUCGACUAAAAACACACAAUAAGUAACAAACAAACUUCCUCCUCUUUUAACGAGAAAAGUCAGAAAUAAUGUGAACUUUUUACAAUUGAUGAAUAAAUAAUAAUAAAAGUUGAUAAAAAAUUAUCAUAUAUUUUUUUGUUGUCAAAAAUAACUUCCGA